AUGUACGUGCAUCUUCUCUCAACCCGUCUCCUCAAUCACCUUCCUGCUCGUGAACUCGAGGAGCUGGGCGGGCACGCGUACACCCCAAACCUCAAUCUCAUAAUUGCUUUCGAUGCGCUCAACGUCUUCGCCGUGGUCACCCUCUCCACCAUCUUCCUCACCGCCUGGUUCUCCCGCCAAGUUCGGCGGGUCUCGACGUGGUUUUUAUACAUCUUUUCCUGGGCGAUUUUCAGCCUUGGGUACCUCCUCAUUCUUGGGAACCAGACGGGCCCGCCACCACGGCAAGGAUUAUGCUUUGUCCAAGCCAUGAUGAUCUAUGCGACACCUGCUUUCGCCUCCACUUCAAUUGUUGUAUUUGUAUUGCAGAUAUUUAUUGAUAUUAGACAAGCGCUAGUAUCGGAACGCAUUCAUAAAGACCAUGUCCCUGUGUUAAUAGCUAUCCCACCCGUUCUCUUCUUCGCUAUAAUUUCUGAGGUCCUAUUUUUGGGCCUCAACGAACCCGAAACCAUCGAACGCGACGUCUCAGGGAUGUUUUGUCAUCUUUCAAUUCCACUACCGAGCAGAGUUACCGGAGUCAUCGUCCUAAUCAACAUCCUAAUCAUGGUGAUCCUUGGCGUACUAAUCACGACCACAAUCCGCCGCAACCGCGAAACCUGGCUCAACCUAAGGAGCAACAACGCUCACUCCUUCAACCUCGUCUUCCGCGUCUCGUUGUUCAUCCUCGCGCCUGUAAUUGCGACUGGCAUCGUGGUUGUCAACUUCCUUCCGCACGAUAAAGUCAACAUUUCAAAGGUCAAUGUGACAUAUGCGAUACGUACGCUUACUCCUUCGCUUUCUGAGGACCAAUCGACUCAUUCGACCCUGCAGUGCCAGCAACAGCAGGUCUGA